AUGUAUUUGGGGUCACAAAAAUGUCGAACCGCAGAAUCCAUUGGGCUGGAAUUCACCCUGUACCCCUGUGCUCUUUCCCGUUCGACGAAGGAGCUGGGUCUCAAGCCGGAGAACCUGACCCCCGAGGGCGGUGCAGCAGUGGCCCAGCAGCUUGCGAAGAAACUGAGCCAUAAGGUAGGGGAAGGUUCCAUGAUCAAUCCUGAAGCCUAUGCACGGGUGCCGGGCGCUGGUCCCAAGAUGACCCAGUGGGUGGGCCAGGUGAAAGCAGGUCGCCGAGUGGUGGUCCGAGCGGAUGUGGAGGCCGAUGCUGAGGCAGUGCCACUGUGGUUCGGCGACCUGGGUUUCGUCCAAAGCGCUCCGGUGGACGUAGCGUUGCUGCUGGAGGACGUGGGUGACGUGGAGCAGUGGCCCAAAGCGCUGGAACGUUGUUUGAAGAGAUUCCCCACGGCCGCAGGGCGCUUGAGACAGGUCAAGAAGGACGGACAGCUGUCGUGGAAGAUCUUCCUGAACAAUGCGGGCGUCCCCUUCACCGCUGCUUCGGUGCCGCCAUGUGGGCUUCCCACACCUGAGGUUUUGCAGCUUGCCUGCCAAGACGACCAGUGCGGCUUCUUUGACACCGGACUUGCGGAGAAUGGUGAGGAAGAUCCAUUGCUGCGCUUGAAGCUCAUUCAUGAAGAGGGCACGGCUAAAGGCCUUUUGGGCAUCUCCUUCCACCAUGUGCUCUUCGACAUCUUCGGUUUGGCGGCACUGCUACGAGAGCUCAUGGCAGCCUUGCAGGACACCUCGGUCUCGGCAGAGCCGUGCCACGCGCGGCAGGCCGCGCAGGAGGCCUUCGAAGCGCAGGUGCCAGAGGAGGUGCCGGCGCUUUGGCCCCUGUGGCCUCGUUCUUCGGAGCGGUGGUGCUUCCUCGCACGGAGGCUCCGCAGCGGCUUGCGGGGCCGCCCCGAUGGCGUGGCCACGCUGAGCUUCGCCGCCAAGCGGGAGGAGUCGCCGCCGGAAGGUGCCACCCAGUUGGAGGCACUCGUCGCUUCAGUCGCCUGGCGCUUGCGGCAGCUGGGCCGUGGAGGCCGCGUCAUGGUCACCAAGGACUACCGAGCGCAGCUGGAAGCGGCUGCUCAGCAAGGCCUGGAGCGCUUGGUGGCCAACUGUGUGACCCAUGGCCUCUCCUUCGCGCUGCCCGACGCCACGAUGGAGUCGAUGUCCACGUGGUCGGCGGAGGACGACGGAGCACGACCGACGAAGAUUUUGUUGGAGGGAUAA